CAACAAAAGUGAUCUUUUAAGGUUAUUAUCGCAAAUUAACAAAAACAAAUCUAUUAAAGCGAUCAAAAGUGUUUAAACUACCAUCAAUAUACUAUAAUAAUGUCAACUAAAGUACCACGACGGCUGGAUCAUCAUAAACAAUAUGAAUUAUGCACCUCGAGACCACCUUACAGACAAGGCCGUAAAUUAACAGCUGUCAAAGUUUACACAACCAAUAACGAAUCCGUGCAUUUGCUAGUCUUCGGAGUACCCAAAAUCAACCUACGUGCCGAACUUAAGAACUCUUGUCAAAAAUACGGAGACCUAGUUUCAAUCAACGUAACAAACGACUACGAAGUCGAGCUCUUUACAGAAUGUUUUCAUGUCGCCUACUACAACAUACAGUCUGCACGAAUAGCCAAGAAGAAACUAGACGACAGCUCUUUCUACGGGGGCAUCCUACACGUCUGUUACGCUCCUGAAUUUGAAACCCUUGAAGAAACCCGUGCAAAAUUGCUACAACGACGUAAAGACGUUUUCUAUAAAAUCAGAAAAGAUGCUAGUGAACAGUUUGAAGAACCUUACAACCCAAAUCAGAACAACAUUGUAACCAUUGAUCCGUAUAUUGAAGAAAACUAUGAGGAUGUUAUUGAACACAUUGAGGUCGAAGACGAUGAAGGGGUUACAACAACCAGUUACAAUAUAAAAGUUAUAUCAGUGCAAAAAGAUAAAAACAAUCCGAAUGAUGAAGAUGAUAUUACAACUAUAGAAGUAACGAGUACGCAACCUGUUGUUAAACGGAAACACAAUGAUGAUGGUGAUGACGAUGGAUCCACUCAGGAAGUUAAAGUGGUUAAAAAGAUUAUCAGAAUUGAUAAUGACGAAGAUGCUAACAGGAUAGUAUAUAGAGAGUAAAUUUUAUUUUAAUACUUAGAUUAUAUUCCACAAGAAUUAUUAUUAUGAAUAUUGUUACAAAUAAAAUGGUAAAAGAUAA